AUGCGCCCAACGCCAGUUGGCUCAUUAUCGGCGGCGCUGCUUCCCACGCUCUGCGCCGCCUGGGGUGGUCUUCUGGAACCAAAUGGAUUAGGACUGUCACCCUUCGAUCCGGGGUCCAAGCAGUGGAUCGACGCAGUCGCAUCCUCCAAUGCCUCCGCGUCCUACAAGGUAACCGGCCGCGACGUGACCAAGCCCUUCCCCGGGUCUGAGAUGGAUGGCUGGACAAUCAACGUCACGGCUGUCGAUCUGACCCCGUUCGAGCUCGGCUGGGAUCUGAAGAUCAUGGCGCCCCCGUCUCUGUACAGCAAGGUGGACCCGGACAGCAUCGCCAACAAGACCGUCGCUCAGAAUGUGCGCAACGCCAACGGCCUGGUCAUCGCAAACGUGGACCCAAGCUGGUUCUUCUGCACUUUCAUCUCCAUAUCGGGAAGCACGUUCGGGAACAGCAGCCAGUCGAACAACCCGGAGAACAAGGAGACGAGGCCCGACGGCGACUGCAGCCCGUUCCUUUCCCAAAGCUGCAUCGACGCCAUCGAGAAGACGGCCUCCACCUCGUACGCGACCACUGAUAGCCUCCCCGUGAACCCGUACGGCGCGCGAGGAGACUGUCGGGGCUUUGGCCUGCCCAAAGAAUGCGGGCACGCAUAUUGGGACUUUGGAGGGGACUUUUGGAACCGACUCGAAGCUCCCACCGAGUACAUGACGGGCGCCACGACCCUCGUGGACGGCUGGAAGUAUGCCAGGGACAAGGAGCACGAGGAUAUCGACCCCGUACCGAGCGACGGUCCCUUGAUGUGGAAGUCCACCACGCAAGACUUCAUCGCCGUCGUCACCAUGUUUGGCAAGUACAAGAACGGCACGUAUCCGGACAAUGCUGAGCCGGGCUUUGCGAAGCUGAGCUGCGUGCGGCCCGAGCCUCACGUUGGAAAAAGCGAUCAAGGGAAAGGAGGAAACGCGACGGACGGAAAGGGGAAAGGCGAGAGCAAGGGCAGCGAUGCGGGUGCUAUUUCUGCCGUGUCUGGAUUGCUCGUGGCGGCCGUGUUUAUCCUUGCAUUGUAA